UUUUAUUGCAAUUUACCUAUAUAUUUUUUGAGCACAAAGAUCCUAUAUUUUUUUAUUAUAUUUUUUACUUAAAUAGUAAUUAUGUGCCGAAACAAUUUUCUUUUGUAGAAUACGAGUACAUUAGUAUACAAACAUUAAAAUUUUUCAUCAACCUUGAUUAUUCAAGGGCUCCCAAACACAAUACUUCGUUGCGUUGAAUAGCAUUCAGUCGUUCGCACUCAUUCAAUCCAAACACAUAGAAAUUAUUGUCUUAAACAAAUUAAAACAUUGUUGCCGUGCUUGAUUUUCUUUACAUUGAUUAUGGGUUUUGAAGAACACUUUGAAGGAAAAGGAAUUUCUUCUUUCACAAUUUCCCAAAAUGGAAAUGUCAAUAUUCAAAAGAAAUAUAGCAAAAAAAAAAUUUCCAUCAGCAUAUUAACUGUAAUUGCAAUUUCUCUCGCAGCAAUUUUCAUUUAUUAUUCUUAUAUCAGACCAGAGUAUACGAUAUGCCAAACAAAAUCAUGUUUACGAUCGGCCGUAACGUUAAUAAAUUGUAUGAAUGAAACUGUUGAACCAUGCGAAGAUUUUUAUGAAUUUGCUUGUGGUAUGUUUGAAACUAACUAUCCUUACUAUUCGAAUACAAAUGAAAACAGCUGGAUGACAAUAAUGACGUUAAAAAUAAAACACAGGGUGAAAAAAUUUCUCAACAAAGAAAAUGAAAAAUAUGAACCUACAGCUGUUCAUAAAACUAGGAAAUUUUACCAAGUUUGUUUAAAUUCUACUGAAGACCAAAAUUCCAUUAAAUAUGAUCCUCUAUGGAACGUUUGGAAAAAAAUCGGUCUAAACACAGACUACUUAAAUGAUUCAGUCCCAUUAGAAAUCGAAACUAUUUUAGCGAGAGUUGGAGUACACUUUAGUCUUGAUAUUUUUUUUCAAAUUGAUAUUGAGGCUGAUCCUAGAAAUUCAUCAUCACAUUUGCUUUUAAAUAUUGAUCAAAAUUUGGAAUUAAACAAAUAUAAAGAAAGAAAAAAUUUGAAAACAAAUAAUGUUAAUAUCGAAGAAGAUUUAUUAAAAUUUAGUGAAUACUUUAAUUUACUGGUUGACAAACUUUUAAAUCGUAAUCAAUCAUACAUAAAGAAGUUUACUGUUCAAAGUCUUUUGAACACUACUAAUAAAUUAGUUCAAUUUAGAGAAGAAUUUUCACAAGUCUCACAAGAUUCAUUUAAUUUAAAAAAUGAUAUUCCUGAAGUAAUUACACUAAGAGAAUUACAAGAAUUCACAGAUAUAACUGGAGAUAAAUUAAAGUUUAAUUGGACAUUAUAUUUAAGAGAGUUAACUCGUGACGUCCAACCAAAGGUUUAUGAAAUAUUGACAUCAGAAAAGGCAAAUAAUUAUGAACUCUUAAUAAGCAACAGAGAUCAUUUAAAUAAAGUAUUUAUAUUAUUGUCCCAAACGCCAACGAUAAUAAUAAAAAUGUAUAUACUGUUUCACGUGGUAGCUGCUUUGGAAAAUAAUUUACCAUCUGGGGAGACAUUCAACGCUGAAUAUUGUCUUUCAUUGACGAGUGAAUUUUUUGGUAUGGUCACCGGGUAUUCUAUGAUAAACACAUUGGACAACUCUUCUAAAGCUUCAGCAACCGUAACCUUAAUAAACUGUAUGAAUGAAACUGUUGAACCUUGCGAAGAUUUUUAUGAAUUUGCAUGUGGUAUGUUUGAAACUAACUAUCCUUACUAUUCGGAUGAAAAUAAAAACAGUUGGCCAACGAUAAUUUCGUUAAAAUUGAAAAAGACAGUUAAAAAAUUUCUCAACAAACAAAACGAGAAACAUGAACCUUUAGCAGUUCAUAAAACCAGGAAAUUUUAUCAAGUUUGUUUAAAUUCUACUAAAGAUCAAGAUUCCAUCAAAUAUGAUCCUCAAUGGGACAUUUUGAAAAAAAUUGGUCUAAACACAGACUACCUAAAUGAUUCAGUCUCGUUAGAAAUGGAAACUAUUUUAGCGAGAAUCGGAGUAUACUUAGAUUCAAAUAUUUUUUUUAAUAUUUUUAGUCAAGACGAUCCUAGGAAUUCGUCAUCACAUUUGCUUUUAGCUAUCAGUCGAAAUUGGGAAUUAAACGAAUAUAAAGAAAGAAAUAAUACAAAACCAAAUAAUAUUAAUAUCGAAGAAGCUUUACCAAAAUUUAGUGAAUACUUUAAUUUACUGGUUGACAAAUUAUUAUAUCGUAAUCAAACAUGUACAAAGAAACUUACUGUAGAAGGUCUCGUGAACACAACUAAUGAAUUGGUUCAUUUUAGAGAAGAACUUCUAAAAGUUUCCUACGAAUCAUUUUUUAUUAAUGAAAUAAUUCCUGAUGUAAUGACACUAAGGGAAUUACAAGAAUUAACAGAUAUAACUGGAGAUAACUUUAAGUUUAAUUGGACAUUAUAUCUGAGAGAGUUAACUAGAGAUAUCCAACCAAAAGUUUACGAAAUAUUGACAUCAGAAAAGGCAAAUAAUUAUGAACUCAUAAUAUACGACAGAGAUCACAUAAAUAAAAUGUUUUUAUUUUUAUCUCAAACGCCAACAAUAAUACUAAAAAUGCAUAUAUUGUCUCGCGUGGUAGCUAUUUUGGAAAAUAGGUUGCCAUCAGGGGAAAAAUUCAAUUCUGAACAUUGUUUUUCAUUGACGAAUAAAUUUUUUUAUAUGGCCACCGGGUAUUCUAUGAGAAACGCCUUAGACGACACUUCUAAAGUGGCGUUAAACGAAAUGACUGAUAAUAUAAAAUGGGCUUUUAAAAAAAUUGUUCAUGAAACGAGUUGGAUGGACGAUGAAACAAAGAAUGCUGCUUUACGAAAAUUAGCUAAUAUGAAAACGUAUUUCGGAUAUCCAAAUAAUUACAACAACGUAUUAAAUAAUUUUUUUGAAAACUUGAAUGUUACGGACAAUCAUAUAGCGAAUUUAAUAUCAAUUCAAAUGUUUAACACCAAGAGACUUUGGAAAUAUUUAACAGAGGUCAAGGAAUGGAACGAUCAAACUUGGCUAGUGCAAAUAUAUCCGACCGAAGUAAUUGCAUUCUACUUUCCUGCACUGAACGCAUUUGUCCUACCGGUAUCAAUAUUACAAGCUCCGAUAUACUACAACGAAAAUAGCGUUGGCAUACAGGCAUUUAACUACGGAAAUACUGGUAGUACAAUUGGGCACGAACUAUCUCAUGGCUUCGACAACAUAAAUAGACUAUACAACGAGCUGGGAAAUUUGGUGAAUUGGUGGACGAACAAAAGUGACGAAGAGUACACGAAAAGAGCGAACUGUUUGAUAAACCGCUACGACGGUAUCAAGGUCGUCAACCAUAAUAGUACCUAUGUAGUUAACGGCACACUAACACUAGACGAAAACAUGGCCGAUAUUGUUGGACUUAAGGAGGCGUAUUAUGCAUAUCUGCGCUAUGUGGAAAUACACGGCCAAGAACCCAGAUUACCCGGUUUGGAACGUUAUAGUCAAGAACAAUUGUUUUUCUUAGCAUACGCAAACCAAUUUUGUCAUUAUGACGAAAAUGCCAUUAAAUUUGACAUUUAUCACCGUCACAGUCCAUAUGUGGUUCGAGUACGGGAGGUCUUAUCACUUUUGCCAGAGUUCGCAAAAGCGUGGUCUUGUCCGAUUGGUACUCCUAUGAAUCCAAAAAAAGAUAAAUGUCAAAUUUGGUAAUACAUUAAAGGAUGUUUUUUAAUUUGUUCAAAUUCUUUGAAUACUAUGUUUAUUAUUUAUACAUAUUACUAAUUUGUAUAAUUAUAGAUAAAUGUAAUAUGUAAUUGUUAUAUUACAUAAAUAAGCUCCUCUGUUUUAACUUAAUUGUCUACUAAUUGCUAUAACUUUUUUUUGUUUACAAAUUAUAACCAAAAUACACUCGUAAUUAUUAUAGAUAUUUAUUUUUGAUUUAUAUCACAAUUAUUAUUUAUCCG